AGUUGCCUCUCAGAUCUCUAACGAAACGGACUUGAAAUCUAAUCGGUAGAAGUUUCCUCGCAUUAUAUAUAAUUCUUUUUUUGUUGUAACAAGUAAUUGUCUAUGCGAUCCCCGUGCUCAUCCGCGAAACUCUUCCUUGUGCCCCGUGCGUUAAUCAAGCAUAAUUAAGAGCUUUCGUUCCACUUUGUGCGAAACUUCCUGCAAAGGGGAAUUUUUUUUUCGAUCAACACGCGCGAUCUCUUUAUUUGUCGCAUAGUGCUCUUGUGAGAGACAAUUUGUUGGGACGAAAAUUGCAAAUUUUCACGGAAAGUGUACAAAAGAUUGUCAUUUCUUUGAUGUAAAUGCAAUACCCAUUGUACUUGAUCACCGACGAUCAUACACGGUUUUUGGUGCAAUCACAUCAGCUAUCUUCGAAUUUUGGAGCGCAGAAAUAGGCCGACUCCUACAAAUCAUAGAUACGACGAAGAGGUACCACCGACGAAAAUAUGACUUUCGGCGGAGCGUACGACGUGGAUAAGGACAGUCCUGUAAAGCCCCCACCGUCCCAUGGUGAUGAUACGGCAUCAGUGCGAGAGAAAGUGAAGCUUUCGCGUAGUGAAAAAUGGCGCAUCCUCAAGAACAUCACGACCAUCUCUUUUGCCUUCAUGGUACAAUUUACGGCGUUCCAGGGCACGGCUAAUCUGCAGUCGUCCAUUAAUGCCAAAGAUGGUUUGGGUACAGUGUCCCUCAGUGCAAUCUACGCCGCCAUUGUGGUGUCGUGCAUCUUCAUUCCCACCCUCGUGAUCCGCCGACUAACCGUCAAGUGGACCCUGUGUCUCAGUAUGCUCUGCUAUGCACCCUACAUUGGGUCACAGUUCUUCCCGCGCUUCUACACCCUCGUACCCGCGGGUAUCCUUUUGGGUUUGGGUGCGGCACCCAUGUGGGCCUCCAAAGCCACGUACCUAACACAAGUCGGGCAGGUCUAUGCUAAGAUCACAGAUCAAUCCGUUGAGGCCAUCAUUGUGCGCUUCUUCGGCUUCUUCUUCCUUGCCUGGCAAACAGCCGAGCUCUGGGGUAAUCUCAUUUCGAGCUUGGUGCUCUCCAGUGGUGCCCACGGUGGUGGUGGUAGUUCUAAUCACAGCUACAGCGAGGCUAGCCUCGAAUCCUGUGGCGCGAACUUCUGCGUGGUUGCUUCGGCUGACAAUAGCAACCUCGAGCGACCACCAGAGUCGGAGAUUUUUGAAAUUUCCGCCAUCUACCUGAGCUGUAUUGUAGCUGCUGUGAUUAUUAUUGCUGUGUUCCUGGAUCCCCUCUCACGCUACGGUGAGAAGCGUCGUGGCUCCAUCUCAGCUCAGGAAGUUUCGGGAAUUGCCCUCUUGGCAGCUACGGCUAAUCAACUGAGGAAGCCCAAUCAGCAACUUCUCAUUCCUAUCACAAUCUUCAUUGGUAUGGAGCAGGCUUUCAUUGGAGCUGAUUUUACACAGGCUUAUGUUUCCUGUGCAAUUGGUAUCCACCAAAUUGGCUAUGUGAUGAUCUGCUUUGGCGUCGUGAAUGCAGUUUGUUCGAUCAUUUUUGGAUCUGUGAUGAAAUACAUUGGCAGGAUACCCAUUAUCAUCCUUGGGAUCAUUGCUCAUGGAGCUUUAUUUAUUGUCCUGCUCUUCUGGCGACCACAUCCUGAGCACAUGUGGGUCUUCUUCACGCUUUCCGGACUCUGGGGCGUGGGAGAUGCCGUCUGGCAGACACAAAUUAAUGGAAUCUAUGGCGCUUUAUUCAGGAGAAACAAGGAAGCCGCCUUCUCAAACUACCGACUCUGGGAGUCUGCUGGCUUUGUAAUUGCCUACGCCUAUUCAACCACCCUCUGUGCACGCAUGAAGCUGUACGUGAUGAUCUCCGUGAUGAUCUUGGGUAUCUUUGGGUGGAUCGUUGUGGAAAUUAAGCACUGGCGCAAGGAGAUGCGACUUAAGAAACUCGAGGAACAAGCCAAGAAUCCCACACCCAAUCCACCAAUUGUGCCAGAAAUCUCCGAGACAGACGAUGAGCGUGAUGAGCUCGAGGAGGAUAUCGUUGUGACGCACUUGUAGAGUUCCCCUCAUCCCACAACAGGAUAUAUGUAUAGAGAGAGAACGAGAGAGCUUUUAAAAGGAAGUAAAGACGAUCCACCAAAAGGAGAAAAAAAAGCCACGAGAGUGUUGAGCAGCGCACUCCAUCGCAGAUUCAUUAGUGAGUGAUAGGAAUUGAUAUAGAGAAUUAAUUUAUAGGGUGCCGUAUUUUAUCAGUAUUACCUGAGAAAAGAAAACAUAUUAAGAGCAUUACUAUAUAACUGCAUUAGUCACAUUGUAAUUAAUAUUAAAUUAGCGACCUUACAAUUAAAUUAAAUUAAUGAUUUUAUUGUGAAACGGUAUACGCUGUAGUAUCCCAUAUGUUCAGCUUGCGAAAGGACUUCAAUUUGAGAGUCGGAAUUUAUUGAUUCGAAAUAAUAUUGAUAUUGAAGUUAUAUAUAAAUAGAUUUACAUGAAAGAGACGCACUUUACGCUGAAAAGAAAAAAGAAAAAUCAAGCGGAAUUUUUGUGGAAAUUCCUCACGUGAUUCAAAUUGUUGAUGUAAAAUAUUACAUUCCUUGGUUGUUGAGACGAUGAUUGUCCUCAAAAGGACGAUGAUAUAUUUUACUGUAGAAUAUUUAUGCCUAAUCUCAUCAAAAUAAAUUACCAAAUAUAAUA